AUGGUUACCACCCGAAGCAAGAAGCGGCCUUACGAUAGUACAGAAGAAGGAAAGGAGACCAAUCAGAGAGAAAGCAAGGACACUAGUGAUGAUGUUAGCAAAAGGAGGACCACCAACCGAAGCAAACAAGCUCAAGCAAAACAACAAGACACCACUGCAAAAGAAACAGACACGAAGACACCCAAGAGCAUGAAUCCUUCAGAUGUUUCAAGCUUCGUCGACAAGAUUCUGAAAGAAGCCGGAAUCGAAGAGACAAAGACUCAAAAUGGAUGGUGCUUGAAAGAAGCGAUGACACACAUUUUGAAAGCUGACAGUGGAAGAAUGUUUCCACUUGUCCAACAGCAUGGCGCCCCAACUAUCUUCGCCUCUCUCCAGCAUUGUAAGAUUUCCACUGGAGGGGCAGCGGAAGCAAUGACCGAGCCAAAGACUUGCUUUGAAUCCUUAUGUCGGAUUGUUGCCGGACAGCAGCUAGCAGGCGCUGCGGCAAUGAAAAUGUGGAAACGUCUCUUAGAUCUUGCUGAUAACGGGAAACUGACUCCAGAGAAAGUGCUGGAGCUGGUCAAGAAUGGAAUGGAAGAAGGGCUCCGAGAACCAGUAGGACUUUCUAACGCUAAGGCUCGGUCAAUCGUGAACAUUGCGCAGGCUUUCCACAACGGGGACUUGUCUGAAGAGUUUCUAAAAACUUCGGAGGAACAAAAAAUUCGAAAAGAGUUGAUCAAGAUUAAGGGUAUUGGCCCAUGGUCCUGCGAUAUGUUUUGCAUGUUUUUCCUCGAAUUACCAGAUAUAAUGCCCAUCGGUGAUUUAGGCGUUCGUGUUGGAAUGAAGAGAUACUUCAAUCUUAAGGGCUCCGACAAACAUGGGUAUCUUUGUCAAAAGAAAGAUCUAGAAAAGAUGGGAAAUGCAACGGGACCAUUCGCACCUUACCGAUCGGUUGUGGCCUACUACAUGUGGAAGGUUGCAGAUACCAAGGACGUCUACCAAAGUAAUAGCAACUCCAAAAAACAAAGCCCAAAGAAUAAUCGCAAAAAAUAA